AUGUCAUUGCUUCCAUUUCUCGCCACAUUCUUUGAUUUUGCAGCCCUUGUAUUGCAAAUCUUCACGUUGCUAGGCAACACCUACAAUCGACCUUUUUUGAAAGAGCUCUACUUUGCACGUCUCGAGAUUAGCAGGCAAUUUAUUGAUUUCGGUUUAUGGAAUUAUUGCACAGGACGAGAUGGCGAGGUGACACAAUGCAGCCAACCAGAGCCCGCUUUUGACUGGACAACGGCAGGUGGCAGUGAUCUUGCACCUAUUCGAGAUGCUAUAGGACUCGAUAGUUAUGAUCGCGUCUUUCUCGCCAACUUUAUUCUAUAUUGGAUCGCAUUAGGUCUCACACUGGCAGCCAUGGUCGUCACUUGUAUGUCUGGUUUUCGUCGAGGUAGCGACUUUUUGGCAUCCUUCCUUACCUUUGUAGCGGCAUUGGUGAUGAUUGUUGUAUUUGUUAUCCUGAUGGUCGUUGGUCUUCGUGGAGUCAACAAUGCCAAGGGUGCCGGUAUCGAUGCUACUGGUCAUCUUGGUCCAUCCAUGUGGAUGACAUUGGGUGCCAUGGUUGCUUUAUUGCUUUCUUCUUUCUGGUAUUGCGUUACAUGCUGUUUUGCUCCUAAUCGUCGUAUCUGGAGCAAUAAGGAAGCACCUGCCGCUUAA